AUUGAAAACAAAGUUGAACGUCAGGAUGUAUGGUUGAGCUCUGCCGUCGUCACAACACUGAUACCAAACGCAGUGGUCAUUUUUCAAACAAAGGCGGUUAUGUUUUUAUCUCUUUGACCAUUCCUGGCUGCUCGUCCGCUACCUCAAAUUCUUCCUGUUUCUGAAGCCAAUUUUAUUUUUGCACGAUGUUAUUUUCCCGGGCACUUUAUAGGAUAUCUAGAAAUCACAGAGGCAGCUUGAACGGAUGUCGGCGGUUUCCCUCUGGCCGAGGCCAGAAUCACCAACUUAUUCUGUCGCAUAUUUGUCAGUCUCCUGAAAACUCAGCUGGAAAGGUUUUUAGAAGUUUAAUUUUCUCUAACUGUCUACCCACGCUGCAUAGUGCUAGUCAUCUAUUCCAUAAUCAGAGCAGCUCCAUAAUUGAGGACCAACUUGACCCAUUUUCGCUGGUUGCCGAUGAACUAUCUCAUCUUGCUAAUAGGCUGCGAGCAAUGGUUGUUGCUGAGGUUCCUAAGCUUGCCUCAGCUGCUGAAUACUUUUUCAAAAUGGGGGUGGAGGGAAAAAGAUUUCGUCCCACAAUUAUUUUAUUAAUGUCAACAGCAUUAAACGUGCAAAUACCCAACUCAUCUCCAUCUAAUGAGCUAGAAGGCACUUUGACAACUGAACUGCGUUCAAGGCAGCAAUGCAUAGCCGAAAUUACAGAGAUGAUCCAUGUGGCGAGUCUUCUUCAUGAUGAUGUUUUAGAUGACGCUGAUACAAGACGUGGUAUUGGUUCAUUAAAUUUUGUGAUGGGUAAUAAGUUGGCAGUGUUAGCAGGAGAUUUUUUGCUUUCUCGGGCAUGUGUUGCUCUUGCUUCACUGAAAAACACAGAGGUUGUAUCUUUGUUGGCAACAGUAGUAGAACAUCUUGUAACAGGGGAGACCAUGCAAAUGAGUACAACAUCUGGUCAACGGUGCAGCAUGGAAUAUUAUAUGCAAAAGACAUACUACAAGACUGCAUCAUUAAUUUCAAAUAGUUGCAAGGCAAUUGCCCUGCUUGGGGGGCAUACAGCAGAAGUUGCUAUGUUGGCUUUUGAUUAUGGAAAAAAUCUGGGGCUGGCAUUUCAAUUGAUAGAUGAUGUGCUUGAUUUCACGGGCACAUCAACUUCACUUGGAAAGGGUUCUUUAUCAGACAUUCGCCAUGGAAUUGUGACAGCUCCAAUAUUAUUUGCAAUGGAGGAUUUCCCUGAGUUGCGUACAGUGGUCGAGCAGGGCUUUGACAACCCUGCAAAUGUUGAACUUGCUCUGGAUUAUCUGGGAAAAAGCCGAGGUAUACAGAGGACAAGGGAACUAGCCAUAAAGCAUGCUAACCUUGCAGCAGCAUCAAUUGAUUCUUUACCGGAGAGUAAUAAUGAGGAAGUAAAAAGAUCAAGGAGAGCACUAAUAGAUCUUACUCAGAGAGUCAUUACAAGAACAAAAUGAAAACCGGAGGCUAUUAAAUUAAAAUGGACGGUUGAACAAUCGUUCUGCUGCUAUUCUUAAAUUUUUCUCUCACUGGCAACAGAAGGUAAGAAGAAAUCCCUGGUUUGUAGCGUCCGUCUGUUCCUUCUUUCUCGGUAUUCUCCGUCCUUGCUUGUCUCUGGGGGUCUAUUUCCUGUUUCUAUACUUCAAGAGUGGAAUAUAGAAAUCAUGCUUUUAGAUUUCUUUUUUCUAUACUUCCUCACCAUCCCCCUAGGUUGUUAUAUAAUAAAAUGUACAACUGAGUUGUUCGGCCACAAAUUCUUUAAAAUUGGUAACAUUAUUUCUGCAA